CAAAAAUACGUCAAGCACUGUAAGCGGUAGUUGAAAGUCCACAUUAACUGUGAUGAUUGACAGCUGUCAGAACAUUCAGCGCCUUAAUUCACAUUACGAGCAGCGAGUCUGUUCCGGAUUAUUCACACAAAGUGUAUCAGAUGACGAGAAAUACUAGGCUACAGUUAAAACAGUCAGUGCAAGCAUAGCUCAAUGCUAACCAGUUUUGCAGGAUUUGGGCAGAAGCAGACUGAUCAUGAGCACAGAGACUCAUGUGAAGGACAUUAAACCUGGACUAAAGAAUCUCAAUGUCAUCUUCAUCGUGCUGGAAACAGGGCGAGUGACGAAGACCAAAGACGGUCAUGAGGUGCGCACGUGUAAAGUGGCCGACAAGACGGGCAGCAUCAGCAUAUCGGUUUGGGAUGAAGUCGGUGGGCUCAUUCAGGCUGGUGACAUCAUCAGACUUACCAAAGGUUACGCCUCAGUUUUUAAAGGCUGUUUGACACUGUACACUGGAAGGGGAGGUGAACUACAGAAGAUUGGAGAAUUCUGCAUGGUGUAUUCUGAGGUGCCAAACUUUAGUGAGCCAAAUCCAGAAUAUUUGGCCCAGAUGAAUAAAACGGGACUGAAUGACCAGAGCAACAUGAACAGCAGCACUGGAGCCACUGCAGGUAAUGACACUCCCAAUGGAAAUGGAGUGAAUUCUCAAGGCUCUGGAAACUCCACUAAUCCACAACCGGCUGGACGAGCGAGUGGUGGAAAUGGAAACAGGUCGACACCAAGUCCUGGUGUGGGGGGAAGUUCCGUAAGCAACGGCAAGGAGACACGGAGAACAGUCAAAAGAUGAUCUAGUUUAGUAACGGAGCAACAUCAUCAUUUCAGAAUGGUUUUGGUGAGCAGCUAUUUGUCUUGUCUCAUCUGAAGACAUAUUGCUAAACUUUGAGCUUCUUGCUUUCAUGUAUGUUAGUUUUACUCAAUAGAUUGUCCAGUCUUGUAAAGUCACAUGUUUAUUGAGGUAUUUCUGAACCAGCUCUCAGAAUGGACACACUAAGCUAUUACAGUUUUGAGCCC